AUGCACGUUGACCAGGACUGGUACAAUGGUAAGUCUGAAAUAUAACUAAGUUUUUAAUUUUCAAGUAAAUUAUAAAAUUUAAAUGUUUAAGGAAAAAUAUAUUCAUAUUGAUAUAUUUCAUUUUGUAUAUCUUGUCAUUUUGAUAAUUAUAUUAUUCACUUAUAAAAAAAAAAAUAAAAUUUUCAUAAAAUGUACAGAAUGCACGUUACAUUUUUAAUAUUAUUGGAGGGAGGGGGGAGAAAGACGUGAAAAUAUUAUUAACGUGCAUAUAAUCGGUUUGUUUGAAUUUAGUUAACAUAAUAUUCUUAAUAACAACCCGUAAAGUUACAUUUUAGAUUGAGCGAGAGAGUUAUUGGUUUUACUAAAAUGUUUAUUUUUUUUAUUAUUUCUUUCUUUCUUCUAGUCUGUGGACACGUUUUUUUCUACCUUUUUGUUGCCUUUUUUAUUUACUUUUUUACGGUAUCAUCGUCAAAACUUUUGAGCUUCUGAGGAAUUUUAAUUUCUGUGAUUCAGUUAUAAAUACAUGUAGAGACUUGAAACUUGGUAAUAAUACUUAUAUUAGACUUACCUAUGUGUGAUCAAAUUUCAAAGAUAAACGGACAAACAUAACGAGUGUAUAAUAUUCAAGGGUUUCUCAAAUCUUUUGAAAUAUCUACCUGCUCUUAUGAUAACGCACGCUCUCAAUAAGAAAAUGUUAUCAUCUAUACUAUAUACUAUACUAUACUAUACUAUAUAAAUAUAGUAUAAAUCAUAUAGUCCAUAUAGAAAAAUAGUCGUUUUCAAUUCUCUAAGUUUGUUCCUUCAAAUGGAAUCUGUACUUUUAAAUUUUGAGUGGAUCGAAGAAACUUAUGGUUUUAUAAAGAUGUUUAUUUUUUUUCUGUAGACAAUUUUUCUACCACUAAUUUUGUUCCAUAUUUUAAUCAUGGCAAUGUUUUUGAAAAGAAAUUUCAUUGGGGUACUUUAAAGAGGUCUUUUUUCCAUUUUUCCCGGAGUUUUCUCAGCAAAUGUAAAAAACUGAGAAAACCGAGAAAAUAGGAACAAUAUUAAACAAAUGUUAUUAAAGAAAAUAUAUAGAGCCUAUUUAAUUAUUUUACCAUAAUAUGGCAUAUAUAUUGUUGACAAAGUAUUAAUAUCAACUAAACUCCGCUCAGAAUCGUUUUUUCGUAAGCAAUGGUUUAUGUCGUUGCUUAUAGGUAUACAUUAAAUUAUUUAUUACGGUAGCUUUACCUGUCUCCAUUAUCCUAGGAUGUCAUUUUUUUUUCGAAGUUCCCUAAAACAUUGACGAAUAUUGUCACUAGAUGAAUCUGUUUUCACUUCACCGAAGUUAAUAUUUUACUGUAGCAGUGUUGAUGAUGGUUGAUGGCCGUGAUGCGUUAUUUCUUACGUGAAUAGCAUUUAAAUUGAACGCUACCAGUCUAUUAUUUGUCGGUGAUUUGUUUCAAUUAUUUAUUUAUUUUUUUCUUCGGUUAUAUAAUACAUUUCUGCUUUCGUAAAUUAGGUUUGAAUUUGAUCAAUGAACAUAAUAUACGUUCGGUUUAAUGAACUCAACAAAUGAAAAUUACAGAUAAGAAAAUAGUAUAAUUGUUUUUUAUAAUUACUUAAAAUAAUUAAUUUUUUUAAAUUAUUUACAACUCCCAGCAACUGAACAGAGAUUAGUAUCGCGUUAGGGUACCUUUUCAUAAUUUUAGAGAACCAUAAAAAAUAAAGUGGCGGUUUAAUCGUUAUUCAAUGUUUAUCGUUGAUUUUCUCAAAAAAAAUACCCCACUUAUCGUUAUUUACUGUCAGUUUUUUUUAUACUAUUAUAAAAAAGUACUUAGUUUCAAAAAAAAAAAAAACCCAUUUUCUUAAUGUUUCGUCUAUAAACGAAAAAUUCACUGGAAAUCAUGUUGAUCGAUAAAAAAAAAAAAGACAUCAUAACGGUUUUUCUUUAUUUUUUCACAUUAUAAAUAUGUUUGUAAAAUUAACUCAUUUAUAAGUGUGUAUUUUCUGAAAAUUGUGACACGUCAAAUUUAAUCGAUUUCGAUUAUUAAUUAUAUAAAUAAUUAACAUUUCGUAUAGUAGUACGUUAUAUGGAAGUCAGACAGAAAUAUUUUUUUCUCUUUAGCUUCGUUUUACGUUUUUAUAAAUAAAUAUAUAUAAACUUUAAACCACCAAAAUCAAUAUUGGUCCGACAUAUAGUGUUGGGAAUAGAUAGUGCAAAAUUUAUCUAAAAAAGAUAAAAGAUAAAAAAAUUGAAAAUAUCUAAAAUAAGACAAAAGAUAAUUACAUUUUUAUCUAGAUAAAAAAUAGACAUUUUAAAAAAAUGUUAUUUGUUUAUAUUUAAUAUUAGCUGAUGUUUUAUUUUUUUUUUGUGUAUAAAAAAUUAGUCGAAACACUCAAGAUGGGUGUUAAAAAACGCUUUAUAUUACAAUUAUGAUUAUUUAAUUAUAAAUUAAUUAUUUUUAUAUAUUAUAUAGGUAAUUUAAAUAAUUAAUUAAAAACAAAAUGUCCUAGGGUAAAAGAGACAGCUGCAGCCACUGUUAUAGAUAUUUUAAUGCACAUCUUUUAGCAACAAUUAAUCACUGCUAACGAAAAAAUAAUUCUGAGCAGAGUUCAGUUAAUAGUGAUGCUGUGUAAACAACAUAUAUGUUAUAUUAUGUUAAAUUAAUUAAAUAAGCAUUUUAUAUUAUCUUUCAUAAUAUUUGUUUUAUGUACCGAUUUUCCUGGUUUUCCCAUGUUUUUCUGGUUUUUCACAUUUGAUGGGAAAACUCUUGAGAAAAUAGAAAAAUGUCCUCCUUAUAGUACUUCCCCAGUCAAAUUUCCUUUUAGAAACAUUGCUACCAUUAUAAAUUGGAGCAAAACUGUUUGUAGAAAAGUUGUUCACAGGAAAAAAUAAAGCCGUAAUAAUUAUUUUAACUAAUGCCUAUAUUUCUUAAAUUGUUCUGUUUGUCCAACGUUUUGUUUUGGUUUUUCAAAUUUGUUGAGAAAACUCUGGAGAAAAUCGAAAAAUGACGUCUCUAAAUAUGAUGGAUGCAACAAAUCUGUAAGCAACGAUCAACUAUUGUUUACUAUAUAAACGAUUCUGAGCAGAGUUCAAUUGAUAGUGAUGCUUCGUCAACAUUAUAUAAUAUGUCAUAUUCCUGUAAAAUAACUAAGUAGGUUCAUUCUGUACGUUUUUGAAAUAUUCAUAGAAAGCGUUACACUCCAAUAGUGGUAUAUGGUUGUUUUUAGCAAAAUGCGUAAUCUGACAUUUUCUACCCAGUUAACCUAAAUCUCGAUUUUAAAAUGUUGAGGGUUAGUUGGUUUCUGACAAUUAUCUAGAUAAGUAAAAAUGUUAUCUUAGACAAGUACUUAGAUAACUUGGUUUUAUUUAUCUAAAUAAGAUAAAAGAUGACCAAAAAUUUAUCUAGAUAAGUCCCACUGCCGAUAUAUUCGUGUACAGUAUUAGUACAGCUCAGUAAACUAGAAAUUAGUUAAUAGUUUCUUCUCUGCACCCGAAAUUAAAAUACACGUAGCCGAAUAAACACCCGAAAAGCCCUAAAACCGGUUCUUUUAAGAGUUAUUUUGAAUCUAUUGAAGUCUGUGUCAAAUUAACAAUAAUUAUAGAGAGUUGAAACAUAACGAUGCAUAACUAGUAUAGGCUGACGUAGUUUCUAUAAUAUAUGUAUGCAUUCACAAGCGUUGAACUUAAUGCAUUUUAUAGAAAAUGAUACGGAACCAAACCAUUUUUGUUUUAAUACUAACGUUCUGUUCUCGUUCUCUAUUCUCGUUCUGGUCGCGAUUAUCUUGGAUUUAUUUAUUGUGUUCGUGCCUCGGUAUUCAUAUAUUAUUAUCAAGCGGUUUCGGUUGACUUAUUUAAAGGAUUGACAGCGAAAUUCUGAUCGAAUUCAUAUAAAUUAUUAUUGGGUAUGUCUGCAGCUGUUAUUAUUGGCAUCCAAAUUCGGUAGAACUCACGACAACGAAAACGUAAAGUGUCUACUUUGAAAGUUCUUGGAUUUUAACUGCAAAAUUUUCGGUCUUCAUUCGCGCACACUAUUGUCCGAUUAAACAACCGCACGGCGUGCGGUAUACAAUAAUGUAAUUUUGUCAUGUUAUUGUUCCGUGUUUUGCUGGAAAUAAAGCUAUAUUUCAUAUUUUCAUUUAUACUCCUGUGCUACCAUCACUAUAGCAAAACGGACCAACAAAAUCAUUGCAUACGCCAUUUCCAUCACCGAAAUACCGAUCUAUCAAUUUUCUAUUUUCCUAUAGCGUGUAUAGUAAAUUAGUAUAAUCCAUAGACGUAUUAACUACUGGACCGCGCCUAUUGUACCCUUUGCCUAACCAUAAAAGAUUAAAGGACCAUCAUUUAUGGUGUUUUCGGAGGACCUGCCAUAGAUGUUGUCAAGUAUACACUUAUAUUUUUCAAAUCACGAGCGUAGCAAGGGACGUUUUGAUUUUACUAUGACGUGUAAUUUUUAUUUAUUUUCGUUUUCUGUGAAUAAAUUUUCGACCAGAAAUCUUUCUUUGACUUCUUUUUUUUAGAUUUUUCAUGAACUUCGGGUUUCGGGGAAUCAAUUUUAUCGGGUUGUGUUAAAAAAGUAGCUUAUUUUUAAAACUUUCUUGUAGUUUACUAAUAAUGAUGAAAAACCAGGAAGUAAAGCGUCUCUUAAAUUAAUUUAUAAAAUUUAAAAAUUAAAAUAAUUAAAUUAAAAAAAAAAAACGUUUGUUAAAAUAAUCGUUUUGUUCUAAAAUAUAUAUUAUUUAUGUGUUUAAAUUAGUUUUAAAUUGAUAUUGAUAUUAUUGCGGUGAUUAAUUGUUUGUUACAGUGGUCAAAAUUACGUGCAUUGGAUUUUUAGCCGUACUCGGAGCGUUUUUCAACAUUGUCGUACUAGUGAUGUUCUACAAGAAGCCUUCACUCAGAUCUCCUUCAAACAGGUCGACUACUGUUUAUUUUUCAAUUAUUAUUAUUUUAACUGACUGGCGAGACUAUUUAAGGACUCGUUUCCUACAUAGCCAACAUUUCAUUAUUUUAAUUAAUUAAUACUUAGUAAAGCGCUAGUAAAAGUGUGUUGAGACGAGUAAAUAAUAAUUCUAAAAAAUUAAUAUACCUGAUGUAGGUAUAUUAUAAUAUAAUAAUUAUUUUAGUUUCAUAAUUCAUACGUUUUCAAUGUUUUAAAUUAUGUAUUACCUAAAAAAUAAUUAAGAAUUAUCCGUUUAAAAAUUGUUUUAUUUUUUAUCAUUUGUAAUCGAUUUUGUUUUUUUGUUUCUAGACGGUCAAUUUUAGCGUUGUAGUCUUAUACGUGUUAAUAAAUUAAUAUCAUAAAGAAUGGAUAGUAUUAUUUAUAUUGUUAAAAUAUUUUUAAUUAUUAAUAAAUAGGUAUACGAUUACGAAGAAAAGUGACGAAGUUGUUCAAAACUAGGAAUACUUUUUUUUUUUAAUUAUAUUUUUAAAAGACGUCUUUUAAAGUUAGUGGCAGGGAUUAAAACAAAAAAAAAGAAGAAUGAUUUAUGGUUUUAUUUUUUUUUUUUUUGUAAUCAAUUUUAAUAGGAUUAUAGAUUUUUUAAUACUUAUAAGUAUAUUAUUGAAAUUAUAAAUAAUUAGGAAUGAUCAAAUUGAAAUGGGUAAUAGAUUUUAUAAAAUAUCAACAAAGUUAUUACACAACAAAUAUUUGUGUUUAUGAUAUGGUGGACUUUUAUUUAAAAGUUAAUUCGAAUGUUUUUUUUUUCGAUAAUUCAAAAUUACACAUACAAGGCUGGUUGAUGUUUUAAAGUUUUUAUUAUAUAUCAAAUAAUUCUUGUUGUAAAACAAUAAUUAUUUUAUUUUUUUUGACAUUAUAUAACUUAUUUUUUUAAAAUCUAUGAUAUCUCUAUUCCUAAAAAAGCACGAGACUUCAAUGAAAUUAUUAUAGGCGGGUCUUGUCUAAUUAUUUAUUAUCUAUAGUUAUUACCAUUUAAUGUUAUUUUAACUUAAUAAAAUAAUAUGAACAAUACUAUACGUACAAGAUAAAAAAAAAUACAUUAUCAUUGUGACAUUUGAAAAAAAAAAUGAUUUAUGAAUUGAAGUUUUAUUUAAUUUAAAAAUAAUUUGUUAUUAUACUUUCAUUUUGAGCUAUGUCUAGCUAUACUCAAAUUAAAAAAAAAAAAAAAAUGAGAACUAUGAGCCUUAAAGAAAUGUAUCGCCCCUUGUUUAGAUUGAAUUCAACCUAAUGAAGACCAUUAUGAAAAAUUAGGAGUGGUAUGCUAAAAUAUUUUAAGAUAAGAAGUGGUACUUCGUCUCCCCACGACCCUCUACCAAUUGAAAUAUUGAUUAUAUGUCUAGUCCACUCAUUUCGUCGUAUCAAGUUUUUCUAUAGUGUUCUUAUUUCCGAUAUUUAAUUCAGUACUUCAUUAUUUGUUAUUCUUUCUGGCCAGCUUAUUUUUAACAUCCUCUGUAAAACUUCAUUCGGAACAUCUCUGAUCUCCUAUGAUGUUUUGUUACUAUCGUCCAAGUUUAAAUUCUAUAUAGUAGUAUGCUCAAAACUUAUGUCUUAAAUGCAUUUUUUUAGACUAUUUUAGUAUGCUUUGAUGUGAAAUUGUUUUGUUGAAAGUUAUUUUAGCUUAGAAAACUAUCUCUUCCUGCUAGUGCUCGAAUUGGAAAAAUAAAAGGAGAGAGACUUUAAGAUUCACUCAAACUUAGUGUCCUUUACGAUUAUUGAGUUCAACCUAACCGGUAGGGGGCAUCACACCUCUGUACUAAUUUUCGAAAAUAAUUCAAUAGUUGACAAUUUCCGAAAACAAACACUAAUAACACUAUUGCAAGAUAAAUCUUUUUUUACAUAAUGUAAUAUUUAUUUUAGACUCUACUACGAUUUUACUGUAUGACUUAUGUUUUUUUAUAGUUUUUUAUGUCAUGUAAACAACUUUUCUACCAAAAAUAUUGCUCCGAUCGUCAUCAUUAGAUGUGAUUUCUAGUAAAAUAAUUUAUCUCUUGAUGCAAUGAGGAAGUUAUUUUUUGAUUUUCUUUGUAGUAUUCUUAAUUAUGGGGAAAACCCUAGAAAAUACGCCGAGAAAACUUUUAACUGUUACAUUUUCAGAGUAAUGGUUUCUGUUUAUUAAAUGAAAAAUAAUCGUAGAAGCCAGAAAUUUCACCAAAUACUUAUAUAGGAAUAUUCUUAUAUAUAUAUACAGCCCUCUCCAGACAUGGUACAGUUUUUAAAACAUUUUGGAAAUUUUUCAGUUAUUUAUAGUACAUUUUCAAUUUUUCUAGAAUUUCAUUUAGUUUUUUAUGAUUGAAAUUAUUCUGGUAAGUUGCAACUAGCGGGAGAAAAAAGUUGAAUGUAAUAUAGUAUUUUUUAUAAGCAUUUGACGUUCAAAUUUUAAUGGAAAUAUAUCUUGCUUGGAAGUGUAAAAUAUGUACUAUCCCAAAAGUGUCAGAUGAUUCCAAUGAGUAGCGUAUUUUAUUAAAAAGAUACAUAUUAUUAAUUAUAUAAACAAUCGUAGGACAUUAGAAUCGCAUUGCCUGAGGGGGGACGGUCGCCUAUCGCUCCCUCUUUGUAUCUGCCACUGUGUCCCAUGUGUUCCACCUGAAAAAAAUAGUAGAGGUAAGCUUAAAUUUUUGAAAAAUUAGUUGAAGUACUCCGCCCUGCGUCACUCCAAAUUUGAGCACUGCUUUCGGUAUUGCUAUUUAUAAUAUUUUUAAUAGUAUGUGAACUCGUCUAUUUGCAUAAUUUCGUGAUUAUAAUUAAUAGAUAUUGAUUUUGUAUUAUCUUUUUUUUUAUUUAUCUUUAUCUUUAUUAUCUUGUAUUAUCUUGCUUUUAUAUUAUUUACUCUUCCACAUAUAAUAAUUGAAAUUGACAUAUUAUUUGUUUAAAAUUUAAUAAUAUAUAUAAUUACAGAUUUGUCGGCAGUUUAAUUGCUUCCGAUCUGUUGUCGUCGACCGUUCUCGGUCCAUCAUUUCUGGUGUCCGGCGUUAAGACUAUAAAUAAAGUUUUGAUUGUAUUUGUCGCCACGUCCACGAUAUUUUCAAUACUGGUCAUAGCUAUGGACAGAUACACAGCAGUACUAAGUCCUCUCCAUUACGCGACUAAUGUCACCAGGCAAAAAAGCGUUUUAGGUAUGUAUCAACCGUGUUAUAUUUUUAUAAUAAUUUUACACAUAGGAAUAAAAUAUUAUUAUUUUUGUGUUUAUAAGAUAUGUGUUUGUCUAUGUGAUAUGGGCUUUAGAUUCAGAACGGAGAAAGGAAUUUAUUGGUUGUAUUAUUAUGUGGUUUUAAGAUUCCAUGUGAAGCAAAGGAUCUACUGGUUUUACUAUGAUGUGGGUUUUUGUCUUUCGGUAAACAACUUUUCGACCAGAAAAAUGACAAGUGAACUUUUUUGUUACAUUUUGGAUCUAGUCGGUUUUUAAGAGAAAUCAUUUUUUAAAUUUUUUAAAGCGUUUUCAAUAUAAUCUGAAAAAAGCGGAAAUAAAAUUAUAAGAAAAACGUUUUUAAAAACCGUUACUAAACGAAAAUAAUUCAAUAUCAAAAACAAAUAUAAACAACGAAAACUAUUAAUAAUUAUUUUGUUAUCGAAAAAAGCUAAAAGGGGUAAUCCCUAUAAGUGGUAACUAAUUGUUGGUAAUUAAUAAAGUUGUACGAGAAAGCUGUGAUUGUUAUAAUAUAAUAACGACAGUUUAUAUUAUAUGUAUUGGUUUCGGCGUUUAGAGAUGCGUGGAUAAUGGAUAUGGUUAUCUAUAAAAGUUUUCGUUAUGUAAUAGUUUUUUUUUUUUUUUAUAAUUAAAACGUACACACUAAUAAGACAAAAUUUGAUAUCAGAAAAUGUGUUGUUCAUAAAAUUUAAAGUAAGAUUUCUGGUAAAAUCGAGUUUAGUAUACAAGUUUAAAUAAUAAAAUUAUUAAUGUCGUAAUUAUUUAUCUGUUUUCCUACACUUUUUUUUUCUAGUUUUUCCCAAACAUUAGAAUCACUUGGAAAAUCAAAAAAUGAGUUUUCUAAUGCAUCAAUUAGAUCUUAAUUGUAUUAAAAAAAAUAUUUAUCAUCUUUUUAUUAGAACAAGAUUUCUGGCAAAAACUUGAUUACAGACGGAAAUUAAUAAGAAGGAAAAAAACCACACAUAGUAAAACCAAUAGAUUUUUCGAAACAUUCAGACUUUAUAAGUUUGGCGUAAUAUAGUAGUUGUUUUAUAAGUGUUUAACGUUUGAGUAGUUAGUAAAAAUCUUAAAAAUCGUACUAUUUAAAAUGUAUUACACUGAAUAUCGUCCGGGGGUUUUUUUUUUUUGUUGGCAACGAUUGCGUAUAGAUUUAAAUUUAAUUCCUCUAUUUUUUCUACCUACCCAACUCUCCAUCUAUAAAAGUAGAACGUUCAUUAGCAGUAUCAGUUAUUUUUUUUUGUUACCUACCUUAAGCAAGUGUGUAAACUGUGUAAAUAUAUAAGUGAAAAUACAAAAUUACAAAUAUAACAAGACGCUUACUUCGAGUACCUUUAUGCACAUUGCAGACUUUUUAUAAGCUCCAAUUCAUUGUAUUAGACACGUUUGCGUUUGAAAAUGAAUAUUCAAUAGAAUGGGUUAGCGACGCGAAGACUCGAAAAUAGUGUUUAAUAUUGCAGUAAUCAAUAUAAAUGAUUUUAAACAAUUCCUGUGUUUAAUAACAUUUGUGUAUGUUUGCUUUAUAUUUUAAAUGAAGACGUUUAAUUUCCGCGUAUAUUAUGUUGAAAGAGUAAAAAGAAAAACCGAAGAAGUUGUAACAAAAAUGACAUUUUUGGAAAAUUAUAAAAAAAUAAAAGGGAUGAUAAUAUGGUAGAUCUAAGUCAUAAUAAUCCAAGUCGAUUGUUUAAGGUUACGUUUUAAAGUCAAAAUUAAACCAUUGGUGGUAAAAACAGUAAAGUAUAAUAUUAAUGCCGGUUUUAAAUAUUAUAUUAUAUGAUUAUCAGGUAUAAGAGGCCAAACAGCUUUAGGUCACACAAUAUAAUAUCUAUUUUCAGGAGAGCUUUUUUUUUCAAUUUUUUAAAAACACUAUCGCAUGUAUAUCAUUAUAAUUGUAUUUUUUUUUUUCGAUUUUAUAACUGAUUAUUUUCUGCGUAUACCGUAGUAAAGCUUGCAAAGGACUAAAUAAUUUAUAAGACACUUUUACUUCAUUAAAAUAUUAUUUUUACCAUUUUUAACGGUUUUGUUUUGUUUUCGUAAAUAAAAAGCACUUGUGAUAAAGUAGCAAUUAAAUAUGUUUUAAAUGUUGGACGUGCAUACUAUUUUGAUGGACGUGCGCUAAUAGUUUAUUAAUAUUAAUUUCACUUGAAACUUCUCAUAAAUUGUUAACUCGUUUCUGACGAAUGUGUUUCCUAUAUUUUGACGCGCUUAAUAUUUAAAUCGUGAUAAGUAAAUUGUAUAAUAUUAUAUGUAUAUAUAUAUUUAUAUAUAUAUUAUUAUAUAUAUAUUAUUAUUUAUAUUAUAUAUAAUAUAAUAUACAUUAAUACAUUAUACAUUUUUUUUUGAACAAAUAUUUUAUGUCUUGUAUUCUAUAAAGGCAACAAGUCUUGAACUGAACAAAAAAAAAAAAUUUCCAGCUCAGAAAACAUGAAAAUUUAAAAACAAAUUUCGGAUCCUACCCUAUUUUUUAAUCAAAUAGGCAGCCUUUUUGCGUUGCUAAGAAUACAAAAUAUUGAAAUAUUCCACAACUAAAAAGUCUAUAUUAAGAAUAUAUAUAUAUUAUUUAUUUAUGUAAACAUAAUAUAUUAUAAAUAUAAUAUUUAUGAAUAUCUAUAUAUGCUUUUUUUUUAUUAAAAUAUUCCCGAUGAUAUUGAAUAUAUUUUGAAUAUUUUCUUAUAUUUGAAUUUUAUUUGUUAUUUUUUUUAUUUUUAUAAGUUUCAAAUAGAGCAACAAUGUAUCUACUUAUCAAUAACCUUGAACCUAAAUGAUUCCAGUCGUAAUAUUAUUAUUUUCAGAGUGCACCGAUAAAAUGAAUAAUGGAACAUAGUUUAAAAAAUAAAACCAUCAACUCGCUAGGGUUUAUAAAAUUCAAUAGCUAUAUACCGUUUAAUUUAAAAUGCAAAUUUUGACUCGGGUUUUAAUUUAAAUAUCGUAUAAUAAUAAGAGAUUGUAUUAAGAUAAUUGCGUUAAAAUCCUUCUAAAUUUCAUUUGAAAUCACUUCUGUAGAAAUAUAUAUUUUAAUUUUUUCCAUUACUAAUUUACGCCUAGUGAAUAUAAAUAUAGACAUACAAAUAUAAUACGUAUAUAACUGUUGAUAUAAGUUUAUUUCGUACAUUUUCGUACAGAAAGGAACUAUCCAAUUUUAGGAGAACUAGCUGGUUAAUGAACAACCAAUAAUAAGUGUAUUUUCAAUGUAAAUCAUAAAUUAAAUUGUAACUGAAUAUUGUAUAGUUUCUAUGUUUUUGUACCUAUUCAUUUUGUUGAAUAUUAGUUUAUAAAAAAGUUAGGGAAUCGUUUUUACUUAAUUCUAAGAUCAGGGCAGCUUUUAAUUUUGAAUAUUAAUAUUGUCCACUAAUUAAUUGAAAAUCGAAAUUGCAUUUAUCUAGUUAUAUUAUAAUGUUGUCUUAAAUUUCUAUAACGAGUAAAAUAUACUAAAGUCAGUUGGGGAGUACUUUUACUGUUUUAGGGUAAACAUAUUAUAUUAUGGUUUAUAUAUAGAGCUCCUUGAAUAUUGAUAUUUAGAGUGACCGCCUUUUAACUAGAAAUGCUCUUAUGUAACUAUAAAAGAAUAUAAUAAAAAGAAAAAUUUAAAUAAUCGGACGAAAUGUAGUUUGAUGAUUAACGAACAGGAUUUUUCGCGUAUAAAAGCGAAAUUAAAAUUCAGGUACCUACUUUUAAUAUUCGCCAGUAAUCACUGUCGUCUUGUAUACAGUUAUAUUUUAGUGAAUCGCAACCCUGCAUUAACCUUGAUGGUUUUUUUAGUUUAACAUUAUUAUUUUAUAUUAAAAAAAAUGUUAUGUAAUGAUUAAUCGACUGUCAAAUGUGUUGAAUAAUUUGAAUAUUGCUCAUAGUGGAUAAAGACGGGGGCACCUAUAUUUAAAUAUUAUUAUCAUAAUUUUCGUCUAAUAUUUUGUUUGAAAAAAAUAUUUACAGAUAUUUCUUUUAAAAAUUAAAAGCAUUAUGUUUUCGCAAACGUCGGUAUCUAAAUCUGUCAAACGCUGGUUUUGAGAGAAAGGACUAUAGACCGGAAAUUUUUACAUAAAUUAUAUUACAACUGGUCGUUUCACGUUAAAUUUUCCGUAAUGGAAUCAGAUGUUUUACACGAAUAAUAACGUUUUUAGACAGGUAGUUAAAAUUUUAGAAUUUACAAUAUUUAAACCACGAGUAUACGUAAUUAAUUAUUUUUAAUUAAGUUUAUCGUUAUUUCGUUUUUAACUAUAAAAUAAUGGGAAAUUAGAAAAAUAUCGGCUAAGGUAAGGGCGAAUGAAAUAUCGAUUAUGCUCCUGUAGGCUGUGACGUAUCGCAUCAAACUUUUUCCCAUCAUAUUCUAGCAAACGAGACAACUGAACACUAUAGUUAUCUACCGUAGUAUAGGUACUCGAGGAACCUUUAUAACCUAUUAUGUAUGUGUGGAAUUUUCGUGGUAAAAUCUGGGAAAUUCGUAAAAUAGAUUUAAAAUCGAUCAAUUUUCUACACUAUUUACAUGUACUAUAUAGAAUCUAUUCGCAUAGAAAUAUUAUCAAACCAAACCUUCAAUAUAAGAAACGGCAUAUGAUAAAAUAUCGACUCUGUUUAAGUACCUACGUACAUUAUAGUACAUGACAGAAAAUACUCGUAUAUACGAUUGAAAACGCAAAAUAAAAAAUAACCACGACAAGUCGAAUUAACUUUAAAUAACCUUACAGACAGUCACGAUUACGAGAGUAUAAUAUACCUAACCUAUAACGAUAUGAAAUAGAGAACGAUGACUUUUGAUCGAUACGGAAAACCCAUUUAUUAUUCGGUACCACAUAAAUCCAAAAUUGUCAAAUAUUUACUUUUUAUUCUAUUUUAUUUUUAUUUCUACGCUUCUUAUCAUCGUUCAUUAUAGUUUUAAGAGUUAAUAACAUAAAAUAUAGGUAUAGUGAUAAAAAAAAAAAAAAGUAUAUAAAAAGGCAGAGUUGAUACUGGAGACGGGUGUGGUCACUGUUGUAGGUGGGUAGUUGGGAAGGUGGGAUAUAUAAAAUUAUUUAAAUUAUAUCUGUAACCAACGAUAAACUAUUGCUAACGAAAGACGAUUCAGAGUGAAGUUCAAUUACACACAAUGUUUUGAAAGGUCGUAAAAGUGCUACACUUGAUACUUCGAAGUAAGAUUUCAGGUAGAAAAGUUGUUUAUAGACAGAAAAAAAUAAAAAUAACUCACAUCAUAGUAAAAUCAAUACGUUCCGAAUCUAAAACGAUUUCUCCAUCUAUAUUAAUAAAAGGAAGAAUUUGUUGGUCUAUAGUCUGAAUCUAAUGAACACAGACAAUUCUCGUAGAAGCGGUAGAACACGUUCAUUGGCACUCCAAGUUGAAAUUUGAAAAUUCAACCCUGAGGGGUGACGUGAUAAUAGAUUUUCGGUGUUUCCGAAACGAAAAUCGCCUUUUUUUUGUUGAUUUGUUUGUAACCUGGGCGACAUGGAUAGAACAAAACAGUUAUUAUUUUUUAAUUUGAUUGUCCUGAUCAAGAGAUUAGGUACUUAUAACCGGCAACAACACAGUUAACUGUGAUUGGGACUGAGAUAGAAAUGGGGAGAUACAAAACGGAUAAUAAUUAUUCUCUCAUAUUCCUACAAUAUCGACUAUAGUUUAUAUGGAAUUGUAUCAUUGUAGAAAAAAUUUAGUUUUUAAAAUAUUAUAGUGUUUAUAUAGAAAUAAUCAAUAAUAUUCAUUUGGAAUUAGUUUUUUUUUAUUUUAACCCGUGGACAAUUGUUCCAAUAAACAACGCCAAACAAGUAAAUCUAUAAAUAUAAUAGACCACGUAAUACAACUGAUUCAAAUAUUUCACACACGUCACAAAACAUGAAAAUGUUUUCGAUGCAACGAGUUUAAAAUGCAUUAAUUCUUCUAACCCCGAAACAAUUUAAGAUUUUCUCGCCGGUUUAAAAUGAUAAUUUCAAUUUAAUGUUUAGUCAUAGGUAUGGUUUGGACUUUAUCGGUCGCCCUGGCAUCGCCGAUCAUAUUCAAAGACUUGCUGGUUUACGACAAAAAACCCAUUGCGAUGUUGGAGAAAACGCACGGUCUAGUGCUGCUGUUGAUCGCGUUUUUGGCGCCUUGUGUCGCGCUCAUACUGGUGUACUUCAAAAUGUACGUGGCGGCUCACAGGUAAGAUUUUGGUAGUUUUUCAUAGUAAUUAAGUCGUUAUGUAUUCUGCGUCUACGGCAUGACAAAAAAACAUAGUAUAAUGAGUCGAUAGAAAGUCACGUACAAAUUAAAAAAAACGAAACUUGUUCAUUUAAAGUAAGAUGUGAUGAACUUUGACGCAGUUCUAAAGAAAUAUUAUUAUAUAGCACGACUAGUACAGAUAUCUGUAUAAUACAAUAGAUAUGAUCUAUAAAAUAUACUGCAGUAUAGGUCUUAUUAUAAAAUAUUUCAUUAAUACUUAUAUACUGCAAUAGUGAAACAAACUAUAUCGAAAAUUACAAUGAAAAACAAUUAACAUCGAGGUUUUAUUGAUUAAGGUUUAAAAUUCAUACACAGUUAUUAUUGUACUUUUACCGGGAAACUAUCAAGGUUUAUAACUUUGACAAAUAUUAAAAUGAAAAAUUCGAGGGACUUGGAAUUAUUAAAAAAGUGUAUCGUGUAGAUUAUUAUGUUAUUAUGUUUAACAAUAUUUUUUAUUGGUUAGGAUUUAUUUAUAGAAGUCUAUUCUUAUUUUUUAUGGGUGUGAGGUAGAUUUAGUUUUAUACGUUAUACCAACAAAGGUGUGUGUAGUAUUUUUUAUUGUUGUGGAAUUCGGAUUUUUUUUAAAAUAUAUAAUCAAAUAUAAAAAAAGAACUAAUACUGGGGUGGGAGCAGCCACUGUUGAAUGUGAGAAGUUGGGAAGGUAACGAUAAACCAUUGCUUGACAAACGACGAUUCCAAGAGCAGUUCGGUAAUACAUAAUUUGAAGUGCCGUUAUUUUUUUGGGAGAUAUUUGUUUAAAUUUGAUUUCAAAAUGCUUCUAAAAAAAAAAAAAAAAAAAAUGACAACUUGGGAAAAGCGUAGAAAUAACUGGAAAAUUUACAUACAUGUAUAAAAGAAAAUUUGAUCCGAAUCGUUUUUCGUUAGUAAUAGUUUACCAUUGCGUACAGAUAUAAAUUAAAUUCCCCUCUGUAUUAUACCUUCUCAACUUUUCAUCUACAACAGUAACCUACCCAUCAUGCGAAGUAUGAAUGCCCGUCUUUUUUUAAAAUAUUAUUUACUAUUUUAUUUUGUUUGCAUAUAUGUAACGAUGUUUUCUUUUUGUAAAUUAACUGCUUCCUGUUUAAAAUACAGUCAUAAUUCGUAUAAUAAUAAACUUUAAAAGGACGCUUCCAAUAUCACGCGCGGUCCUACGUCUUGAAAUGGUUAAAAUCAUGGUCUAAUUAUCGGUUUAUUAUACAAAACUUGAACAUAUUGACCAGAACAAAAGUUGUUACACUUAUCAGAUCUCUGUGAGACACCCUGUAUAUACCCUGGUACAAAUUUCAAAAUAAUUAGUACAAAAUCAUGGUUUUAUUGUAAUUAAUAAAAAUAAAAAUAAUUAUUUAAACACGAUUACAAUAUUGUAGACUUGUCUGAAUUCUAUGUGGGCGAUACAGAGGGAAAUAUGUUAUGUUGUAAAAUAUAAUUGUUUGUUAACUGCAGUAUUAUUAAAUAACAAUAACAAUAAAAGUAAAAUAAAAACUAAACAAAUUAAUUGAUUUAACCUAUAUAUAACAAUAUUGUUUACGCUUACGGGUUUUUCUCUUUGAUUUUUCGCAAUAUAAACAGGAAGUAAAAUGUGCAACUGUGUGCAACUGUUCUUCCCGACUAGGUAUUGACUGAACAAAAAAUAAAAUAAUAACAGAUAUAAAUUAUUGCGCAUUAACGUGCAUUUUUAGCAUUCUUUAUGGUAAAAAUAAAACCUCGAACAUUUACAUACGCGUGUAUUCAUAUUACUGAUAAUUCCAAAGGUGUGAAUGAUAAUUUUUCAAAAAAAAAAAAAAUAAAAAUAAAAAUAUAUAUCAGUGCAAACGAGUGACGUUUUAUCUUAUAGGGACAGAAAAAAAUAUUCUUAAUAUGGGAAAUUAUUUUAAUUUUCUGCUAUCAGGGAGUAUCCUUAAACUUUUUAAUCUCGACUCUUGAAACGACAUUGCCGAGUUCAACUCGAUACGUUUCACGAAAUUAAAAUGUCAACUGAAAAAUAAGAGUAUGAUCGCAAUCAUUUCUGACAAUAAUUUCCAAUUACCGUCAUUAAUCUUUUUAUAUAGUAUACAUAUAUAAUAAUAUAUAUUUUUACAGUUUUAAAGCUUUUCUGAUGUCUUUCAGUGUUUCAAUGUUUAAAAUGUAUUGUAUAUUAUAUAUUCUGAAUUUUAAAUUUUAAAAAUAACUAACGCCCCGCUGAAUAGAAAUAAAUAAUCAUUAUCACUGUAUUAUAUUAUCUAUCCGAACCUAUCACACAGUACCUAUCAACCCGAUGUAUUAUUACUAUACUUAUAUAACAAUAUUUAUGUAAUAUUCAAAUUUUGUUUUUGGAGCCUUGGAAGUUUUAAUUAUGAUUGAUAUUUACUCCGCGUUAACAAUCUUGAGCUAAUAAAUAUGUUAAUUAUAACUAUUAUUAUUAUUAUAUAAAUAGAUACAAUGUAGAUGUAGGGUUUUAUAAAAUAUAAACUCGAUCAAAGUGAAUCAAAAUGAUUAAGGUACUACGUAGUGCGAAUAUCUAAAGUAAAUUCAGUGGUUAAAACGGGAACAAUAUCGAAAGAAGACUAUAUUUACCGAAUAUUGAGGCGUGGUCCCGAGAACUAAGUCGAAAUUAAACUUUCUGGAAAUUCACCACGGAGAAAACUUUCCUAAAAUAUUUUUGUUUCAUCAACAUUUUUUCAUAAGAAUGUUAUACUAAUAGGGUUUAAAAAUAAACUGCAUCACGUCCCUCAAAUAUUUUCCUGCGCUUAUGCCUUCUCAGUAAAAAUAAAUUAAAAACAAUCUCUCAUUACGUAUAAUCGAAUAGGUAGGUAUAAAUAGAAUUCAUUUUAAUACAAAUAAUUCAAGUUUUUAAAAUGCCAUUAAAACAAUCUUUGUGACAAUAACUAAAGUGUCCUUUUCCCGGAUUUCGAAGCUUUGAACUAAAGUGGACUGAUCAUUUUAUAUUAAAGAAAAAGGCGGACUACGUCCUUUGCCGUCCUCGCUCUUUAACCAUUGAAAUUAAUACGCAUACGAAUCUAUGACGAAUUUGAUACAAAGAGAGCAGUCAACAAAUAAAAACAGUUUUACUAAAUUUAUGAUAACGUUACAGUACAUAAUAAACGUCUAAUAGUAUUGUUACAGUUUCUGUUUAAUUUUCAUAAAAAUAUGUAAAAUUGGAUACCAUUUUUGAAUUUAGAGGGAAAUUCGAUCGUAUUAUUCUUUAUAAAGUAUAUUUAAUGUGUUCUAAUAUUAAUUAUUUCUCGAGCGAAUUUUCGGUGAUUUAGAGUUGUUUUGCUGGCGAGACAGUGAGAUUUUGAAGUUAAAAUUUUUUAAAAUCUUGAACGACUAGUUGGCUGUUUUAUUGACGCUCGGAUUUAAAUCGUAUAUACAACUCGGUAACUAUAGCAGAUGGUGGUUAAAUAAUUUUAUCAUUAGAUGGGGAUGAGGUUGGUUAUUUUUUAACAGUUAAUAUUCUAAAUUAUAAAUAUAUAGUUUAAUUUAUAUUAAUUUAAAUAUUAAAUACCAAGAAGUCACGGAGACUAUAUAUCCCUAAUUCCGCUCUCUCCGUUUGACUGCCCCUGCAACAAUCUGUUCUAAUUACAGCUACAACUAGCCGUUGCUCGUAAAAAGAAAAAGUAUUAUGUGACCGCUGUUUUUAAAUUUAUUUUUUAUCAAUAUAUACAAUUCAAAAUAUAUCUUUACCAAAGUGCUAUAAUAAAUUUUCGUAAUACAAAACCAUUUGCUUUUCUUGCACGUAUUUAGUUUGAUUCUAUUAUAUUAUGAUUAUAGAUUUUAUGGCAUUUUGUUUGAUUUUAAAAAUGUAUACUUUUCAAAUACAUGAUGGUUAACAUAACGUAAAACACUCAUUAUUUCGGAAUUUUAUGCGUACAUUUUUUUUUAAAAAAAUUUAAGGAUAUAAUAGCUCUAAAAUAUUACAUUACCUACUCUUAUUUUUGUCAAUUUUUUGAUUUCUGUCAAUCCAUUGACGUGAUAUUCCACUUUUAAGGUUCGGUGGGAGGUGAGUGAUGGAACACUAUUAAAACGUCGCUUGCCAUGUCGCCACACAAAUGAUGCACCAAUACCACUCUUCCCGUCGAAAUACAAAAGUGGAAUAUCUCGUUGACAGGAAUUAAAAAUUUCAACGCCGAAAUUGAUUUAAACUAAUAAUUCAUCUAUUUAUGAAAUUUGUAAUGUAUAACACCAUUUGAAAAUCAAAAGCAGGUAGUCGUUUCUUCCUAAAAUAUAACAAUGACGAAAAAUUAUCCGUAUUGUAACAUUUUUCGGCGGCAUAUUUCUUAAAAACAAAUUCCAAACAAAAAUCAUUUUACUUUUUUUAAACAAUGAGUGUUGUACGAUAAAUUAAUCAUCUUCUGUACCUACCUAUAUAUUAUGAUUUAUAAACACGGAGAAAACAUAGUUUUUCGCAUCGUACCUUUUCCAGGUAUACCUAAUAGGAACAACAUACAUAUAUUAUUACAUGUUGCGUUUUCAAAUAUUUUACCUCUCUACCGAUUUUCUUACUGCGCAAAAACAAUGUACUUAAAUAAACUACAUAAUUUCCAGUUCGUACUAUUUAAUACUGCGCCGUAACCUACUGUUGUAUAACACAAUAAUAUUUCGUUUGUCAACCUUAAAAACAUUAACGACGUAACUAUAUAGCCGUACAUAAUGCAACGAGUGUAUAUAUUUACUCCGGCGGCGGAUGUUUUACUUCGGAUGUAUUAGCCGAUGUUUAUACUCCGGUGGCAAUGUUCUACCAUGUUUCCGCCGACGGCAUUAUCAACAUAUAUGCUGUGAUGGUGGCCUUGGCGAGAACGAAUAUUGUUCCGGUCCUGUCACGCGCGUCUAUACCGCACGGGAAAACACCGCGUAAUCAGGGGCGUAAUUAUGAGGGGGGGACGCGAGGGACAGAUUCCCCCAUGAGCCGUAUUUAUAUAGUAUAUUGUUAUCUUAUACAAAUUUAAAGUUCAAAUGUAAAUUUUUAGAACUAUUAUGAAAUUAAAAAAAUUAUAAAUGUUUAAUUGUAUUGGCAGGUACAAAAAUAUGCAUAGUUUAUUAUUAUACUAGACUAGCUGUCUCACGCCCGGCGUUGCCCGCGCCAAUUUUUAUUAUUAUUAUUUAACCCAUAUUUAUUUUUGGUUUUGGCCGUGUCAGAAUUGAAUGAAAACAAAUAGGUAGUAAGUGGGUAUUUAGUUCACCUUCGGCGGACUAAAUGUGUUCUGUUUUGAAAUUUGAAUAGUUUAAAUAACGGUAAUAAUAAUAAUUAUAAUAGUUUUCUUUUCCGUAACAUCAAGGUAACCCUUGAAUAAACAAAAAUAACUAAAUAAGAAAUUAGAUAUUCGUAUCAAAUCUACCUAAAAACUAAAAUAUCCCUAUUUUACCCCCUUAGGGGUUGAAUUUUCAAAAAUUCUUAGUGGUUGCCUGCAUCAUAAUAGUUAUUUGUAUGCCAAAUUUCAGUCCGAUCCGUCCAGUGGUUUUGGCUAGGCGAUGAUGAAUCAAUCAGUCAGUCAGGACAUGUUAUUUUGUAUACAUAUAUAGAUGAGCAAUUUUCUUAAUUGCUUAUGUCAAAACAAAUGGUAAAUUUCACUUUAGGUUUUUCGUACUACACGUUCGAACGUGACUAGGACGGUGUGAUUUUAUAAACGCAGACGUGCCAUUUAAUAGAAAAAUUCCUAGCCCCGUUGAUGGGUUAUUAAAUGUUGGUAAGGAGGGGGGGGGGUUCUGUGGGGCUAACCUCCCAUGAAGAUUUAUUUUGAAACCCUCUCUAAAAGAAUUUCCUCAAUUACGCCAUUGUGCGUAAGUACCCAGGAUAAUAUUUAUCAAUUACCUAAGACGACAAAAUAUUACGUUCUGUAAAAUAUAGUGAAAUAUUUGUGUAUAUAUAUAUAUAUGUAUAUGUAUAUACAUAUUAUAUAGAUAGGUGAACACUAAUAGUGCAAUAACUGCAGUAGACAGUGACGGUUGUCACAAUGACAUUUGGAUGUAGGUUACCUUUAUACCAUAAGCGAUCUUUUCAGUCGUCGAUGUAGGGCUGCAUCCCAAUUGGGUUCUAGACCUUAGUGCUUUUGACAGAUCUACACUACUUGGGUUCUAAUGAAUUUGGGUAACAUAAUAGUUCCUGCGAGUUUCAAAUAAGUUUAUCUGUUUAUUGUUUGUCAUGUACGCAAUAUAUAAUAUAUGGUAUUGAUAAUAAGAUAAAAUAUAUUUUAGAAACGAAAGAAACAACGGAUAUAACACACGGAUAGGCUUUGUUAUAAGACGUUCUUGAAUCUUCUAUCUCACUCACUAGUAAAGUGUACCAUCAGUUCUCACUAAUACUCACGAAAACAAGGAAAUAUUUCAUGAAAGAAAAUUAAAUUUAUUGCUGAGGAAAUUCAGACAUUCCGUAUGUUCAGUGUUAAAUGUUAUGAUGAUAUGGAUUCACUGAAACCACUAAAACCAUUUAAACCCUAUAAACGAACAAUAGAAAUUCAAAAGAAUAGAUGUACCAACGUACCAGAAAUAUUUUUUUGUAUCAAGUUGGUUAACGGAAAUGUUUCCUCAGGAUCAUACUUCAGAUCACAAAUAAACACAAAUCGGUUAGCUGAUCGAAUGUUGCUUCUAUAUUGUUAGUUUGUAGGAUAGAAUACGUCACGAUUUUUAUAUUGUUAGUAUUGUCAUCUCCUUUCUUUAUUCUGGAACGCUGACCGCUACCAUUGACUGUUAUUGUUGCGUAACUGGUAAACACGUCAUAUCCAUUGUGUACUAUGAUAUAGGUACAAUUUCCAUAAUUAAAAAAGUGUACACAUAUUGUUAAUAAGAAAAAGCUAUUAUGUAAUUCGAAUUUGAAAAACAUAAAAUGAUCCUUUUCUCUCUUCACGUGUAUUCUCUUUGGCCAUAAUUCACUACAUUUAAUAAUCUAAUUUAUCCACGUUUCAUUUCAUCCCAUCCGUCCAAUGCUUUAUUUCACGUUUUCUAUAAAUCUAUUUUCCAGUAAGUCGGUUUAUACUCACAAAUGCUGUAUUUAGGUUGACUGAAUCCGGCCUCCUCAUCGCACAUCUAAACCUUUGAAUUCUAAUUUGUGCCUUCACAAAAUUAGUUAUUUUUGGUAAUUCUAAAAAUUGCUUCCUUUUUAAUUGUUUGUUGUGUUGAACAUUUGAUUUAACAAUUAUUAAGACCCAGCGGCAGUUGCUUACGUUUAAUGGUUUUUAAAAAAAAUUCUACUAACGUCUUCAAAAUAAUUAUAAUCGUGUAUUAUUCAAAUCGAUUGGGUUAAUUUUGAUCGUUUAGUGGAAACGUUGACGUAUUAAUAUUCAAUGUUGAACAAUUUAGUGGUUUAUUAGCCCGAAAGAUAAUUACUGAAACUGAUGAAGUGUAG